CGUACUUAACUCCAAACACUCCCCGACAUCGACAGCAUUGCUACACCCAAAUACCGCGUUUUUCACUCCCUAUCGCAAACGCUGACACACGAUGGGUACGGACUACUAUCAGCUUCUCGGAGUGGAAAAGGACGCCAGCGAUGAAGAGAUCAAGAAGGCGUACAAGAAGAUGGCCUUGAAAUGGCACCCCGAUCGUAAUUCAGGAUCAGAGCAGGCAUCCGUAAAGUUCAAGGAGAUAUCAGAAGCCUUUGAAGUAUUGAGCGACAAGCAGAAGCGAGCAAUCUAUGAUCAGUUCGGCGAAGAGGGCUUGAAAGGCGGAGGUGCCCCGCCGCAAGGGGCAGGAGGUCCAGGAGGCGGAUUCUCAAACUUCGGUGGAUUCCCUGGCGGAGGUGGAACCGCCUUCACAUUCACUUCAGGUCCAGGUGGAGGCAAUUUCGGCCGUGGCGGCUUCUCGCCAACAGAUCCACAGAAAAUCUUUGAGCAGUUCUUCGGUUUUGGUGGCAUGGGAGGUAUGGGUGGUAUGAGCGGGUUCGGUGGCGGUGGCGGAGGUGGUGGUCGCAGUCGCAGUCGCGCGAGCGGCAUGUUCGCCGACGAAGAUGAAGAUAUGGGCGGCGGCUAUCACUUCGCCGGCAUGCCAGGAGGAAUGCCCGGCAGCCGACCAUCGACAGGACGGGCAGGGACCCGAAGGACGUCAUCGCCAGCACCGUCGGGACCGUCCGAGAUCAGUCGCCCAUUACCAGUCUCGCUGGAAGACUUAUACUCCGGUACAACGAAGCACCUGAAGGUUGGUCGGAAGCUUCUCAAUGGCGAUACAGAGCACAAGGUGCUUGAAAUCCAUGUUCAGCCGGGGUGGAAGAGCGGCACGAAGGUACGCUUCCCCCGGGCAGGCAACGAGCAACCGUCCGGCGAAGCGCAGGACCUCGUGUUCGUUGUAGAAGAGAAGCCACACGACCGCUUCGUGCGCGAGGGCAACGACCUCGUGUGCAGUGUCCCUCUACCGCUCGUCGACGCACUCGCAGGCGAUGGCGGCAAGCGCAUCGUGGAAGCGCUCGAUGGGCGGAAGCUACAGGUGUCACUUCCAGGAGGUGUCAUAAAGCCGGGCGCACAAAUAGUCGUGCCAGGCGAAGGCAUGCCGAUUAGGAAGGAGGGUGCGGUGAGGAGGAAGGGAGACCUGAUCGUGAAGUGGAAUAUCGUCUUCCCUGACCGGCUAACGCCGGCACAGAAGGAGGGUAUCCGUAAGAUUUUGGCAUAAGCCUUCGCGGCAUGGACAUGACGGGACGCAUCGCGAUGUAUUUCUACAUUUACUGAUUGUAUUAGUGUAGACGCAAUUCCCGUAUCCUUUUGCACGCUUUCCCUUGUCUCUCAAAAAUUACGGUUAUGAAUCGUUAAGACAAUCCAUGAUGCGAGCAGCGUAUCAAUGCGACGAUAUU